AGGAGAGAGGGGGGUCAUUCUGACAUCCUGCCAAACAGUUGGAAAAAGCACCAGAGCACGAAACCAAACCCCUACUAGACAAAUCGAGGCAGAUCGUCAUGCACACUGCUGCCAGAUAGAAGGAGGGAUCACAUCCAGGAGCUACUCCUCAAAUGACUGCAGAGGAAAACAAAAGGAUGUGUAUGAUCUGAGGUAACCGACCGCGCAAACCGAUUCCAAAAUCCAUAUUUGAGGACGCACGUUUCCGAACAUGAAUCCGGCCGAGCAGACGGUCACAUGGCUCAUCGCGCUCGGUGUGUUGGAGUCGCCAAAAAAACGCAUAUCGGAUCCCGAGAGCUUUCUUCAGAGCUCGCUGAGAGACGGCGUGGUACUGUGCAGGCUGCUCGAGAGACUGCGCCCCGGGUCACUCCUCACGGUCUAUCAGGAGCCGAAGAGCGACGGCGAGUGUUUGAGCAACAUCAGGGAGUUCCUCAAAGCCUGUGCUUCAUAUCGAGUGGAGGCAUUUGAGGCUGAUGACCUGUUUCAGGGCAAGAACUUCACCAAGGUGCUGAAUUCCUUGGUUGCACUCAACAACGCAACAGCAGAUACUGGAUCAGGCAGUGACUCCAUAUGUGUCCAACACUCCUCUCUGAGAAUCAAGUCCUUUGACUCCCUGAACUGUCAGCCUCCUCGCAGGAGAUCAUCCAAACGAGUGCACAGUCAGUACUGCAGUCUGGACAUGUCUGAGAACAGUUCAGCUCAGCUGUUGGUGAAGGCGCGGUUUAAUUUCCAGCAGACGAAUGAAGACGAAUUAUGCUUCAACAAGGGUGACAUCAUCCAGGUGACUCGGCAGGAGGACGGGGGCUGGUGGGAAGGCACGCUUAACGGCAAGAGCGGCUGGUUCCCUAGCAACUACGUCAAAGAGAUCAAAGGAAGCGACAAGCCCAUAUCCCCCAAGCCUGGGACGCUGAAGAGUCCUCCCAAAGUAUUCGAAACCAGCGCUACUAAAGCCUACUACAACCUGGUGAUCCAGAAUAUUGUGCAGACAGAAACUGAAUAUGGUAAAGAGCUCCAAACACUGCUUUCAACAUACUUGAGACUACUGCAGCCAACAGACAGAGUCACCGGGUCUGAUAUCGCUCACAUUCUGGGCAAUCUAGAAGAGAUCAGCUCCUUCCAGCAGACACUGGUUCAGUCACUAGAGGAAUGCACCAAACUUCCAGAGAGCCAGCAAAGGAUCGGGAGCUUCUUCCUGUCACUCAUGUCUCAAAUGAAGAACCUUUAUGUAACUUACUGCUCCAACCACCCGUCUGCUGUUAAUGUCCUCACACAGCACAGUGAGGAGCUGGGUGAAUUUAUGGAGAGUAAGGGUGCAAGCAGCCCUGGGAUUCUCACUCUCACCACCAACUUGAGUAAACCCUUCAUGAGACUGGACAAAUACCCCACACUACUCAAAGAGCUGGAGAGACAUAUGGAGGAUUUUCACCCGGACCACCCUGACAUUCAGAAAAGCUUGACAGCUUUCAAGAGUCUUUCUGCACAGUGUCAGGAGGUGAGGAAGCGUAAGGAGCUGGAGCUUCAGAUUCUGAACGAGCCGGUGCGUGGUUGGGACGGGGAGGGCAUUAAGACCCUGGGCACCGUCCUCUACAUGUCUCAGGUCCUCAUGCAAAACCAUGGCAGUGAGGAUAGGAAUGAGCGUUACCUUCUGCUCUUCCCCCACGUGCUGGUGGUGCUUUCUGUCAGCCCUCGGAUGAGUUGUUUUAUCUACCAGGGGAAAAUUCCUCUAACAGGGAUGACUGUUAACAAGAGUGAAGAAAUUAGAAAUGCUUUUGAAAUAUCCGGGAGUAUGAUUGACGGGAUGCACGUGAUCUGCAAUAACCCUCAGGAUCUACAGGACUGGGUGGAGCAUCUUCACCGCCAAACCAAACGCACAUCAACCAGCAAUUCUAGUUUAAAACCAUGCCAUACGCUCCCCUCUCACCCUCCCACCCCUUCGAGACACUCAGAGAGCCGGGGAGCCUAUCACACCCUCCCGCACCCCUCCUCACACUGCACCCCACACAGCACCAUGAUGUGGGGACCCUUGGAGCCGCCAAAAACUCAGAAACCAUGGAGCCUGAGCUGCCUGCGACCAGCACCACCUUUAAAAGCAUCAGCAGCUCUCUGUUAUAAAGAGGACCUGAGCAAAAGCCCCAAGAACAAGAAGCUUCUGCACAAACGCAAAGACAGGAAGCCCUCAGAUGAUGAGUUUUCUCUGAGGAAAAGCACUGCAGCUCUGGAGGAGGACGCACAGAUCCUGAAAGUAAUAGAGGCAUAUUGCACAAGUGCCAAGACAAGACAAACACUUAACUCAACAUGGCAGGGCACUGAUUUGAUGCAUAAUCACGUGCUGGCUGACGUCGGCCAGUCGCGUACGGAGACAGCCGGUUGCCGUACCAGUGCGUUGCGCCUGGAACUAUCGUCUGACCAAUCAGAAGACUCGGACUAUGACAGUAUAUGGACAACCCAUAGUUACAGGAUGGGUUCCACCUCUCGUUCAAGAAAGGAUUCAGGGCUGCAUAUGCUUUUCCCUGAAGAGGAGAAGAUCAUUGUAGAAGAAAUAAAGAGCAAUGGCCAGACUGUGAUUGAAGAAAGGAGUUUGGUGGACACUGUUUAUGCGCUGAGGGAUGAAGUUCAGGAACUCAAGCAGGAUAACAAGAGGAUGAAGAGCAGUUUGGAGGAGGAGCAGAAAGCAAGGAAAGAGCUGGAGAAAAUAGUCAGGAGAGUAUUAAAGAACAUGAAUGACUCGUCAUGGGAUGAAACAAAUCUGUAAAGUUCAACGAAGAUUGUUAUGCAUGUGGUCCAUGCCGGCACGGACAGGAUUACAAAAUAAAUACUGUAAAACAGCAUGAUGCAGCUGAAGAACUCAGCAUAACUUUGGACCAAGAAAGUUUUUCAGCUGAACAUAGUGUUGAAGAUAAUGGAGAUGCUAUCAGGCUGGAAUGGAUCUGAUCGCUGAGUAAAUGCUCUUUAAGUUUGCCAGUGCCAAAUUUGCUGGUCUUUGCCAAAUAUCCUCUGAACUGCAAGUAUAAAUCAAGGUGCAAAUACUAAAAUAAGUGGCCAAAUACAGCUUAUGGGUUUGCCUUAAUUUUUUUUUAAAAAACAUUUUAAGAAAAAUAUACUAAUAUAUAACUAUAAUGCUAAGUAUGAGUUACUCUGUCUUAGGAAAAAAAUGUUUCCUAUUCAGUGCUGUCAUUGCCGUCACAUCCUUUCUGUACUUCCACUGACGGCGUGUACCAGCAUGUACCAUUCCUGCAAAUAAUCCGAUGUCACGGUUUGACCGAGAGUCUCAGGGAGUCCUCGAAUCAAGAAAAUCAUUCCGUCAAGAACUUCUUAGUAAUCUAUAGCAACACUGUGAAAAAAACAGAUGCAUUUCCCACCAGAAAACACAGCAGGUACAGUACUGUAAACAUUCAGAGGAAACAGAUUUUUCUUAUACUUUUUUUUAUUUUUUAUUUGUAAACAAACUUCUCUUUUUUUUCUGGUCAGCUUGCAUGCACCAGCCAAUCAUUGGCUGCGUUUCUUUUCAUUUUUUCAGUUAAGCCAAUAUUUUUGAUUAGUAAUGCUAAUGAAUUUGUAAAAAAAAAAAAAAAAGCCUAUCAGCCUGUUUCAAAAUUGCAGAUGUGCCUUUUUUAAUUUAAUUUGGAAAUUCCAAAACAUACUUGCCAUUUUUCCUGCAAUACUAAGACCAGCUAAAAGACAAGUACAUAUGCAAUUGAUAUUUUGAAUAUGCAGCGCUACUAACCGACAACUCAACAUUCUUACAUGUCGUCUGUCUAAUUUAUGUAUUUAAAUAAAAUGAAAAUGUCUACUGCAAACAUCGUUCAUUCUGUUCCGUCGUUCCAAUUCUAUGACUAUUAAUUCCUUCCUAAUGUACUUACUAACUUUCUAUUCCUACUCUUCUGUUCUUUCUAUGACUACUUUAAUCUAUAUGAUAAAUUAUGUGAAUUUAAAUAAAAGAUUGCUUAUUUAUCCUUUAA